GGUGACUCUGCUUCUGGCAGACCGCAAAGCCACACCAAAAGGAAACGCUGGUUUCCCGCAGAAGCGUAGCGCACAUAGGAAGGUAGGACAGAUGACUCUUGAGAUAAACCACCACAGUCAGGUGCUGCACCGUCGGGUCUAUGACAGCAAUCAGUGCUUGAUCUGUUCUUGAAAUGAUCUUUGGGUCAUCCCUGGCGCACUGAUAGCGCGCUGCUCGGGCGAACAGGUUGUCACGCUUUCUCUUUUCUCGCACAUGUCUUGGUUCUAUCAGCCCGAGAGGGCUCGUAUCAAAUCGUCAGAGCUCUAUACAGUCAUCUGGAUUGCCACAACCUGAAUCACUGGCAGUUCCUUCUUUAUUUGGUACGCGCGCCUUUGCACCGAAGGAUCUUGCACCGAGGCGAGAAGCAUUGUAGUACAAAUCAGUGUGAUCUUAUGAUAUCUGAACUUGAAAUACAGGUACAUAUAGCUUACCCCGGCUAAACCGAAGAUACCACUCAUCAACUCAUCUGGUGAGACAUGUCCUGGUUAAAAUCUAGAGACUGGUCCUCUGGCAUAGAGUACUCAAAUCUAUUUCAUUCCGGUCUCCGAGCAAUCUCAUUACGUCCUCGCGCCAGGCGCAACUCCAGCAUUCUCUCGUCUUCCCCAGAGAAACCAUCUAGACGCUCAUCCGUGAUUUCGUUUUCCUCACGAUUUUUGAAACGAAGUGACUCUUCAGUGAAGAGUUCGCCGUGCAAUACGCCUGAAGUUAUCUCUCAUGCCCCGCGAUCUGAAAAGGCCUUGCGUCCAAGACCUUCGUCAAUGUUCAUACGCGGGACGAAAGACCUUGCUGAACAACUUUGGGUGGCGGGAGGGAAUGUCUUUUCCUCUUAUGACGUGAAAAAUUAUGUCCCACGAAAUUCUCCACCGAAUCUCGAAUCCAUUGACCCAUUCUCAUCAUCACCUGGCUCCAGGUCUUUCUUUGUGAGUCUGAGUGACUCCACCUCAUCUCCAAAAGGGGAGUCGUUCCUGUCUCUAUCUUCGACUUCUCCGGCGCCCGACGGCCUUUACCACCCUCUUCCCCUUCGCGAACGGCCUAUCUCCAUCCAAACGAUGCCCCUCCCAUCGCGGAGGUCCUCUAUCCAGUAUCGACCUGUCGACACAUGGGAGAGAUUUGAUGCUGCAUGGAUGCUCGAAGAAUCUAGUCCAUCCUUGGACCCACAAGAAGAUGAGGGUGGCAUCGAAGUGUUGAAUCUGAAUGGUGAUGACGACUGGCGCCAAUUUCAUGUUGAUUGGCUACAAAACGGACCCGGUUUCCAAAUUUCUCGCGACGUGUAAUGAACCAUCCUCUGAUUUUCAUUUUCUCCUUUGUGUAUGUCAUAGUUGUAUUUCUGCGAUGAUUCCUAGCCAUGUUUUUGAUAAGAUUUUUGUCACGUAUUUACUUUACCGACGAGUAUCAUUAGUUUGAGACGAUCCAUAUUCGCUAGACUUUCUAUUUCUAUAUUUUGCCUUGACCUGGUCAAGGCAAAACCAUUUCAUAGUACUACUAGUGUUGAUAUUACCACCAGGCCGCUGCGCGCCAUUAAUAUGUUUCUUUCUUACCAUUGGAUAUGUACGCUACUCUAUCCUUGUAUUUGCAAAAUGCAAAACACGCCAAGUUUUUUG